CUCAUCACGUGGGUGUGCAGGAAGUUGUUGAGAAAUCCAAUAUGGUUGCUGUUGUAUUGUGAAAGGAAGUGUUAAGGUCUUUAAAAUGGCAGGAAGACAGUAUGUAACUGAUCCGAAUACUCCAUUCUUCUCUGUAGAUGAUGAUGAUGUGGACGAUGAAACGUUUUUACGGCAUUCAAAAUCCGGUAGUUCUGGAUACAUGCUGCCAAAUAAUUCAUAUCAUCAGAGAAACAGUGCCCUUGAAGAUAAUCGAUUACAGCUUUUGGAUAGGAAAAAAGCAAUUGAGGAGAGUACUCUUCAGUCGUCUCAGAGGUCUAUUAGCUUACUGCGAGAUUCAGAACAAAUCGGGGUGGCAGCUGCUGAGGAACUUAUACGUCAGCGAGAACAGCUGGAACGAACAGAAAUGAGACUGGAUGAAAUUAAUAAUACACUUCGAUUUAGUCAGAAGCGUAUUCAGGGUAUUAAGAGUGUGUUCGGAAGUUUCAAGAAUUAUUUGAGUGGGAAGUCUGGAGAGCGAAUUCCUGGCCCAAGCUUCAAGGAUUCAGGCAGUUCAUCUGGUACUUCCAAGAAGAUAGAAACUCCUAACCAAUUAGCCAGCCAUUUAGAAAAUUCAAGAGAAAAUCUUGGCUCACAAGCUAGAGACCAUCCAGGUGUCAUGAUUCGUGACCUUGGUGUGGAUGGCGAUACAUGGAGUCAACAUAAAACAUCCAGUGGGCAGAAUCUGCAAAAUGUUGUAGAUAGGAACCUUGAGGACAUGUGUACUUCUCUGUCACAUCUCAAAGGCCUUGCUGAAGUACUUGGAGAGGAAAUUGAUUGUCAAAAUGAUAUGUUAGACCGGAUUAAUGACAAGACAGAUAAGGCUGACUUCACGAUCGUACAACAGAACAAGGAAAUAAAGAAGCUACUCAAAAAAUAAUGCCACCUGCCAUGGGAACUUUAAUUUAGGUGUGACAGAAUUGAGGUGUGAUGAUUCAAGUUGUAUAGUACAGUAAUCAUUAUAUGGUGAUUGUGCAGUUUAUCUUUAUGAUUUGUAAUGUAGUGUACUAUAAGGAAUCAAGAUAUAAAUUAUUUUGAUUGAACCAUAAAUGUAAUUUCACGAAGAUCUACAAAAUCUUCUGUACUGAAGUAUAUUUUGAUUCAGUGGGGGUAAUUAUUACGUGUAAUAUAAACAGAUGUCUGCUUUGUAUUUUUACGUAUCAUAUUUUUGAUGAUAGGGUUUGUUCUUUAUAGCGUCAUGUUUAAAGUGAGACUUGUCACAGGGUUUUGUUAUUUUUGAUCUUAUAACCCAGGAUUGUUAUAUUUUUGUGGUGUGGAUGGACAUUUCAGUUUGAGACAUCCGUGGCUGUUUUACUUACAUAUUUUCAUUUUAGUGUUUCCUCCAAAGUUUAAAAGUACUUUGCUACUCAUAUUACUUCAUUGAAAUAAUUCUGAUAGAAUGAGCUAGCAGUACAAGAACACAAAGUUGUACUAUAGAUGGUACUGUAACCAGCUCCAUUUAUGAAUGUUAUUGUAUCAGUUUCACCAAAUGUUGUACUGUAUACAGUUCUGUGGAACAACUCAAGUACUGAUAUGAUAAGGGUUAGUCUGUGGGAAAUUAUUUCCUUCCCUUUCUUCGCAACAAUAGGGUGCUGCUGUAAAGCUUCUUGUGAGGCUGAGAAAUGAAAAUGUUUUUUUAUCUACUCCUGGGAUUAUAAUAUCCGUAUUUCUUUUUUUAUUUACAUAGUUUUUGUAUAGUAAUGUAAUUGUAUUCAGAAGUGAAACAAGUACCUUACACAUGGCUCCUGAACUUUGUGCUAUUUAUGCUGUUGCAUUUCUUCACUCCCAAAGUAAAAUAAAAUAGCAAAUUAUUAUUAACAUACCACUGAAAAAAUGGAGGAUACCAUGGGAUUCUAUGAAGAAUGAAUUCCUCUAAAAUGCAACAGCACAUUGCAUCAUGUUUCAAGUAUUGAAUUAGAAAGCAUAAGGAGUCUAGUAGUUUCCAGAGAAAAUGGUUACAUAAAUAUCAGAUACUCUUAAAUAUAUGAAAUCUCAUUCAUGUAUACAGUGCCAUUAAGUGAUGCAUUACUUAGUGACAUGAUACAUUUUUAAUGAUGCAGCAUCAAGUGUUUACAUGAGAAGGUGUUAAUGGCACUAAUUUUUGUUGAAGUGGGAUCAGGAGAGGUCAUUUUAGCAGCACUGAUGUUCUUGUAGAAAUGCUUAGACCAUAAACAUGUUAGCAUAAUAAGCAAAUGUACUGGGUUCAUGAAUGGAUAAAAAGGAGGGAAAUUCUGUGUGUGUUAAAUACUGCUCUGAAAGAACUAUAUGUGUGGAGGAAACUGCUAGUUAAUGUGAUCAUAAGGGUCACAAAUAGUCCACACUUUUUCUGAGGAAAGUUGAGGGGGACAUUCAGAGAAAAGAGACUGUUGUAAGAAACCUGUGUCAGCCAAGUUGUAGCUGGAAAUUGCCUUCUGUUGUUUGGAGACAUUUUUCUCUUCACCAAAGUUCUUGUACCAUAUGCCAAAAAUUAUAGGCUGAUUUAUUCCAGAAGUCACUGAAGUGAUAUGUAAAGUUUUUAUGCAGUAGUUGUGUUCCAAUUAAAAAGUUACAAAGGUCAAAAUCAUAUAAAUCAAACAUAAUUUUUCCUUCUUCCCUGGCAUUCCUCCUCAGACAAAAAAUAAUCUGCUGAUGCUUCUCCCUGCCUCUUGGUUGGUCAGAAAGCAGUUCAAGCAGAAAGCACUAUUAAUUGAAAUUGGUCAAAAUUAGCUGAUCACAUUAAAAUAAAAAAACAUUUUUUGAACAUAUUGUCACAUGUUGGGUAUUGCACGCAACAAAUAACUAUGCGUGGGUCUUGGAUUCAGCGAAUUUUUAUUGGAUGCUUCACUUAUACACUUACAAGUACAAUCAUUAUCCACUGCUUCACUGUUAUGAUUACUUCUUGUUCCACUGUCGUCUGCUAUAUUUCAACUUUCUUCAGCAGCGGCUAUUCCAAGACUUACUUCUGUAUCUCUCGGCAUCUGCCCCAAGACUCUCUGGCGAAUGCAUUCAACCCCUUUUUAUACCCUCGGCCUCUGCUAUGCAAAUGAACCCUCUGUUAUAACCGUGGAAACGUGCUUUGUUGAUUCUGCGAUUCCUACGCAAUGACCCACUGUUAUUCUGUUGUCUCUGUGGGAUCGCUCCGUGUAUUCGUUGUAACCGUGGAGAUUUGACGCUCUCGAUGAAAUGGCUCACUGUUGUUGCAUUACUAUGGAAGUGUCUUUUCCAAACACGUUACAUUGCUCCCCUCUAAAGGUUGUUCGUUCCUGAACAGCCUAAAGGUUCUUCCUUGGUUUUGUUUCCGCGGUGUUCUGCUGGCAACAUCUGCAUUCGGUCUUGGUGUUCUGCUGGCGUCUUUCGGCACUGUUCAUUGUGCUGCAUCUGCCCCUCUUCAGUGGUGCUCACCCCGAGCACUCCCGUAGCCGAGAUUUUGUCGAUUGCGUUGUUUUACAUUCAUUCUUUGCUCAUUCAGUAUUCAUUUGUUCUUCCUAGGGAGGUCGGCAUUUCUAUUACUGGUUCCUCCCAUGCGGGUCGUUUUCCUUUUUCCACUUUGGAAGGGGUCGACCCCUCCACAGUGUCCAGUGUCUCGUUUUCGGUAUCUUGCUGGAAAGUCCUACUGCUAGCUUCGCAGUUUCCAGCCUGAUGGCCUUCCUGUACCUCUCGUUCUUAGGGUGCAGCCGCUGUCUUGUGUAUUCGUUCUCCAUUCUAAUGUUGCCCUCCGGUUCCACCUGAAGUCUCUGCCCUUUGGGGGCUCCUCUUGCAACGUUGUUCCAAGUUUGGUUGAUCCCCAUGAUGUGUCCCCUGCGUCGUGCUACUCGUGCAUGGAGGGACAACCUGCCGGAAGCGGUGACAUAUUUCUUCUGGUGCCUAUCCUGAAUUUGGGUCCAUUCUUUCCUGAGGGCAUCUCUUCUACGUCAUCUCACUGUUGCACGGCGGGAUACCUUCUGGUCUAUUUGCGUUUUCUGUGCCACUUCCAAACGUCGUGUUGUCCUCCUGUGGGCGACGGUCAAUUUCUUCUGGGGUUCACGAAUUUCCCGCCUUGAAUCCUUCGUUUUCUGGCGGCGGCGCUCUUCGGCCAGGUGUCGGUCCCUGCGUCUUUUUCUCUUCGGUUCUCUGACUGGCAUCACUUCGGCGUCUACCACGGGGAACUCUACUUUUUGUGCCACCUCAGGUUUCCUGUCCACUGAGGACGGCUCCUCAUCUCGCCGUGCCUCCAUCACUUGGCAGGCCAUCGUCUCCAUGUGGCUGUCGCUACCCCAUUUGUCUGUCAUGGCGGACAUCUCCCCUCGCCAUGCUUUCAUAUUGGCCUGUCUGUCGUCCUCUAGUUUGGCCAACAACUCUUUAUGGCUGGUCUUCAUGUUGGCAUCCGUCCUUUCUUGCAUGGCCUUUCUAUCGGCGUCCGCUUUUGCCUGGUUGAUCUUCGCUUCUUCGUAUCUGGCAUCGGCCUUUGCCUGCAUGGCUAGCAGGAAUUCCAUCAUUUGUUGUGGCUCCAUUUUUCCUUGUCGGUCACGUGUGCAGUCCAAUCUUUUAAGUUUGAUCCGGUUAAUCCGAACUGAUCCCACUUCUGACACCAGUUGUCACGUGUUGGGUAUGGCACGCGACAAAUAACUGUGUGGGUCUCGGAUUCAGCGAAUCUUUAUUGGACGCUUCACUUAUACACUUACGAGUACAAUCAUUAUCCACUGCUUCACUGUUAUAAUUACUUCUUGUUCCACUGUCGGCUGCUAUAUUUCAACUUUCUUCAGCGGCGGCUAUUCCAAGACUUACUUCUGUAUCUCUUGGCAUCUGCCCCAAGACUCUCUGGCGAAUGCAUUCAACACCUUUUUAUACCCUCGGCCGCUGCUAUGCAAAUGAACCCUCUGUUAUAACCGUGGAAAAGCUGUUUUGUUGAAUCUGGAAUUCCUACACAACGACCCACUGUUAUUGUGUUGUCUCUGCGGGAACGCUCCGUGUAUUCGUUGUAACCGCGGAGAUUCGACGCAACGGCUCACUGUUGUUGCGUUACUAUGGAAGAGUCUUUUCCAAACACGUUACAGUAUAAUAGGAAGUACUGUCAUUUUUACAGCUGUAAUUUAGAUAUAUAAUACAAAAGGCAUUGAUUAUUUCAGUAGUUUGUUCAGUUAUCUCAGUCUGUUAAGGUCUGUGACUGCUUCCUCUAUAUGGCAGAAACUUGCUUCCAGUUCGGGGUAUUCGGAUAGAAAGUUGUGUGUGCUGGUAGAUCAAGAAGAAAGGCUUGGAUUUGUAUGAUGGCUUCUGGGUCUGCAACCUUCAUCUGUCUCAACAAUCGUCCUUUAAUGACAUGUCAUCGAUAAUGCAUCACUUGGUGAUUCUGUGUAUACAGACCUUAGCUGUAUUGUUGGCAUGUAAUGUUACUUUUUCUCUUGUAUGGUGUAUAUGAAUGCAUAUAUAUAUAUUAUUAUUAUUAUUAUUAGUAAUAAAUAAUAUCAACAUUGUCAUAAGUUGGUUUUUUCUUUGAGGGGGGGUGUAGUUGAAGUUUUUGAAGAUGGCUAAUCUUUAUUUUGUUUUGUUUAUUGAUCUCAGACACAUGUGUGCAUGCUCUCUUUCUUGUGUAUGUGUAUACACAUACACACUAUGAAUGAAUUCAUAAGGGGUAGGCUUAAACUGGCCCUUGCAUUGUGACCUUCAGUGAUUUGUUGUGCAUUUUAUAGAUAUAUACGUAUGUACAAUGAGUGAAGAAAAUAAUGGAAACCCUAAGAAAUUGAGGAAUAUAAUUUGUGCUGGCCACAUUGAAAGAACUUCAGUUGUCAACACUGAAUGUGCUUCCAUUUAUUUUCACUUUGUAGUGCUCAUGUAAGUAUGUUAGUGACAGACCAAGUGAAAGAAUCAGAAAAUGGGAGACUUGUCCAAUACUGAAAGAGAUCAUUGGUGCACAUUUAGUUGGGCCAUCUGUGAUGAAAACUUCCACGUUAUUAGAUAUAUUGAGAGCAACAGUUUCUAAGGUUAUGUUGGCCUACAUGAACCAUGGAAAGACAACAUCAGUGAAGAGGAACAGUGGGUGAAAAUCAACAUUGACAGAAAGAGAUCAUUGUACAUUGACAAGGAUUGUUUUGUAGAAAAAAAAUACUGCAUCACAGGUGACUGCAGAACUGAAUAUUCAUCUUGUAGACCCUGUUUCCACAAAAACUGUCUGAUGUGAGCUUCACAAGUUCAACAUCGAUGGUAAGGCUGCAAUUGCUAAACCUCUGAGAACUGAAAGUAAUGCUCAGAUGCAUAAAUGAUGAUGUCAUGACCAUGAAACCUGGACAUCAGACAACUGGAAACGUGCGGUAUGGUCAGAUGGGUCGUCCUUCAUGCCGUUCCCUACAUCAGGAAGAGUUUACAUUUGGAGGAAGGAGGCCUACCAUCUGGAAUGCCUGGUUCAGUUCCAACAGUGAAACAGGGGGGAGUUCUGUGAUAGUUUGACCAGCAGUAUUGUUGUAGUGUAUUCUGUUGGCACCAUUAUUACCCCUCGUGGUCAAAUUACUGCAAGGGAAUUUGUGGACAGGUAAAGUAAUCAGGUGCAUCCCACGAUUCAGACAUUAUUUCCAAACAACGAUGCAGUUUUCCAAGAUGACAGUGUCCCCAUUCACACAGCUGGAACUGUUCAGUCUUGGUUUGAAGGGCAUGAAGGUGAACUUUCAGCAUUUUUCCUGGCCAGCACAAUCACCAGCUUUGAACCUCACUGAACGACUCUGGUCGGUUUUGGAUACUAGAGUGAGGAACAGAUUCCCACCUCCAACAUCUCUAGAGCAACUUGAAGAUGUUCUUCAAGAAGAAUGGUAUAAAAUUCCUCUAGAGGCUCUUCAAAACGUGCAUUUUUUUUUUCCAAAGAUUGCUGCUGUACAGAAGGCAAAAGGUGGUCCAAUACCAUAUUCAUAAAGAAAUGUAUAUGGUAUCUGUAGUGUUUCCAUUAUUUUGUUCGGCCACUGUAUAUAUGUUUGAAUAAACCAUGGGGAAUGACAGAAACCAGGAGAGAAAAGAUAACUAUCGUUGUGUGUGUUUGUAAUCUAGACAACAGAAGUAAUGCUGUGGUGAAGUGGAAAAAAUAAUUGGAAAGACAUUAUGAUUAAAGUGAAAGUAUACAAGGGCCCUCAUUCAUGUCACCACUUUGUAUAGUCAUGUCAUUCUUGGGAAAUAUAUGUUACAUUUUUGUUUAUCAAGAUUCGGAUUUUCUUCCUUUUUCUUCUCCAGGGAAAAAUGAAGAGAUGAGAGCUGGAGAAUUUCUGGUUGGUGAAAAAAGACAUAAUAUGUAUGUUGAUGUUGGAAACCAUUGCAGGACUGCACUGAAUCAUAGUGUAUUAAAUACUAUGUCAGCCAUGUGUAUCAUGAUGGAUCAAGGUAGAAUUUGCAUCAUAAGCAGACAGUUCAUUGGCUGGUAUGGGGUUGGCAGUGAUUGUGUUGCUGACAUAAUGAACCAACACAUCAUGUGUUAAUGUUUUCAGCCUCAGUGUGGGGAACAGUCCAAAGGAAUUUGUAUUCUUUUCUUGUGUGGAAAUAUCAAGAGGAAAUCAGAUUUGCACAAGUGUACUGACUUGUCGCACUCUGUUGCCAUGUCUUUGCUUGUUAUUAGUGUGUAAUCGGCUGCGGAUGAAUAAUGUAUGAUUUACAGUUGCAGUUUAUGACUAUAACAUUAAUUAUUUCCUCAG